UGUGCACCACUAGGCUAGUCAAUGAAACUGGAAGAUAGACUAAUCUGGCUAAAACUUGACCUUUAAUACUGAAAAUGAAAGUUCACAUUCAAACGCAAUUAUCGACUGACUUCAAAACUGUCAGGAUAAGGGGUUCAUAACGUGUGGUUAUGACUGUGAACAAGGUACUGGUCAAACGAUAUGUCCAUAUUAUAUAUAUAUAUAUACACUGUGUAGUUGCACUCGUCCUGUUUAAAUUUUUUGUAAAGAAAAUAUUAAAAAUAUAAGUUAAAAGUUAUUUUGUGUUAGGUCUAUGGUACGCCUGGAAAAUUAAGAGAAAUGAUGUAUAGUUUAAUUCACUACUAAUACAAAUAUGGAACGCUAGUUCGUUUUCUCAAGGUUUUUGUACGUCGGUCUUCUACAGUGAUAUACACAGGAAUUUUGUUAAGCUCAUGUAGUAUUACCUGGAAUGACAGUUAUAAAGAUACUACUUUUAGGGGUGUUGUACUAUGUACAAGGGUUACCAUAUGGAUUUCAGGACAAGUUUUUGCCAAUAUAUCUACGUUCCAGAGGACUAUCCUACACUAACCUUACCUUGAUGAAACUCUUGCUGCUUCCAUGGCUUCUAAAAGCACUUUUGGCUCCAGCAAUGGACUUAUUUCAAACUAAGUCAUUCUGGACUUACACCAGUUUGAUUUGUCUCAUGGCAUUAUCAUUUCUGAGUUCUUUUAUUUCACAAGAAUUUGAAGAAAGCUUUUUAAGCUUCAGUGUUAUAUUAUUCUUUUUUAACUUUUUCUCUGCCACCCAAGAUGUUGCUGUGGAUGGUUUGGCUCUUCAAAUGCUGACAGACAAGGAUAUUGGGCAAGGAAACUCAGCUCAAAUUAUUGGCUACAAGCUGGGAGCCUUUUUUGGAGGAGGGGUUCUUUUCUGGGUCCAGAUUUAUUGGGGAUUACAGGGAGCAUUUGGCUUACUUGGAAUAAUGUACUGUUUAACACUUCUAGCCUUCUGCAUACUAAUGGAAAAACAAGGCUUGAAACAUAUUACAAAAAAAAGUAUUAAUACUGAAAGACUUUAUAUACAAAAUGAGGAUGUAGAAUUAAACGAAAAUAUUCAAGUGUCUCACAAAAAUGAUCAACAAUUAAACUGGAAAGUAGUAUUUAGGGAAGCCUUCAGGACUCCACAUACUUGGAAUGUAGCUGUUUUUGUGAUAUUUUACAAACUUGGUGAGAGAGGAGCUCUGUCAUCAUUUCCUCUGUUUCUGGUGGAUGAAGGUGUUCCUACCAGAACUGUUGGAUUGUGGAAUGGCAUGUUUGGACAGAUUGGUUCACUGGCUGGGUCAGCCUUAGGCGGCAUUCUGCUAUCUGAGAAAAGAUUUAUAUCCAAGGUUCUGAAGUUUUCAUGUUGGUUCCGUGUACUACCUGUGACAUUUCAACUGCUUUUUAUUCUGUUCUGGGAUCAAUUUUCUUCACCAGCAGUCCACUGGAUUGUACACUAUUCUAGUUUACUGUCAAUAUGCAUUCUUCAGUUUGCAGCUGGAAUAGCAACGGCAGCAGCCUUCACUGUAAUGAUGAUCUGUUCCCAAGGGGCACUGCAAGUAGUCCAGACAACACACUAUACUAUAUUAGCAUCUUCAGAAGUUGCAGGAAAACUGCUAUUUUCCUCUCUGAGUGGAAUGUUAAUAGAUAUUUUUGGAUUAAGUACUGUAUACUUUGUUUUUGUAUUGUUAAGUUUAGGGACUGUCUUUAUUGUUCCUGAGAUUCCUGUUAAAGAGGAAAUAAAUAAAUACUCAUAACUCAUAUUUUCCUAGAAGUAAUCUCAUUGAAAAUGCUAUUAGAAUAUAUCAUUUAAUAAAAAAUUAUAGAGCAAAAGGGAUAGCAUGAGUUUUUAAUAAAAACAAGUAAGAAAAAUGUGUUUAGAAAGGUAAUAGGUUAAUACUUUUCAAAUAUGUGACAGGAAAGUGACGAAUAGUUUGCAAGGUUUUCAACAUUGUGGAAGUUUGGUUAUUAGAUUACUGGUUCAUCAAACUAGAACACAUUCAAUACAAGUGACUUACAUACUAAUUUUGUAGCAUUUAUCAGGUUGUUAAGUGUGAUGUUGCAUGAUUAUUCAGCUGUGAGGUAUUCAACAUUGUGGCAGUUCAGUUAUUAGAUGACUGGUUCAUCAAACUAGAACACAUUAAUACAAGUGACUUACAUACUAAUUUUGUAGCAUUUAUCAGGUUAUUAAGUGUUAUGUUGCUGAUUAUCCAGCAGUAAGGUCCAAAUAUACGAAAUACAGCAUUUUCUAGAAACACCACCGUGUUAUGCCCCAGUGUGUACAAAUAAGUGUAAAGUCAACACUGAGCUGUUUUUCCACAGAUUUCCAGAUGAUGAUAAAGAAAGAUAGCAAUGGUUGAAAUCAAUAAAGUAAAAAAGUAUGCUGUAGAGAAACGAACUAGAGCCAGCUAAGAGUGUUUUCAUAACACUGUCUUGGUGCAAUAAACACUCACAUUUAAAGAUAUAAAUGAGAAAGGUUGAAGUUUAUGUAUACAAAAUACUAUGUUAAUUACCCUAUGAUUAUGUUGUGGUUUUUGCAUUAUUUUGACAGGCGGUCUUUACUGAAUGGCCAUAUAUAUGGAUUCACAGCAAUGCACUAUUCUGUGAACAAGUUUUAACACACACACACCUUCUUUUGAUGUUGAUAUCAAAAAUUAAAGUUGAGUUUAUGUGUCAUCUGAAAGUACAAUCAGCCUUUCAGAAAUUAUUAGAUACUACUAUUCAUAUUCACUUUUAUAUUAUUUUAGAAAUAUGUCCUUUCUAUUGCCUCAGCUGGGUAUGAAAAUAGAAAAUGUACACAUUACAUUGUGUACGAGAUAUUUACAUGUACACUAUAAGCAAUGUCAUUCCUCUGACCUCUCAGUCAGAUCAGGGACCUACUAUAUUAAUAAGAAGUUUAUAGGCCUACUCUUUAUAUGAUUAUGCUUUAAACUUUUUAGUACACUGUUAGUGAUGUUGAUUUAGUGCUUUAUCAAAACCUGCAUUGUGCCUGUAAUAAUACUAUCCAGUUGAUCUUGUAUACCUUCUUAGACCUAUAAACAUUACGUGCUUU